AAACAUUUUAUUUUUUCAUUAAUUUCCGGAAUUUAUGUAUAGGUGAAAAAUAAAAUUAAAAUUCGAUCUAUAUGUCGUAUUCACUAUAAUAUAAACUUAUAUAGGAAGAUAAAAUUUGAUUUAAAAAUAAAUAUAAUGCAUGUUAAAAUAUGCCCUCCUUAUCUGAUAACGACAUUAAAUCUAAAGAUAGCAAGGCAGAGAAAAACAAAAGGAGCCCUAUAUCUUAUCACAUUACUAACAUUAAAUUCGUUAACAUUUGUGAUCCCGAUAUCAGUAAACUAGAUCAACAUUACAGUGGUAGGAGUAAAAUUAGGGGCGAUAGAGCCAUUAAAAAAUCGCCAAAGGACAAUUUUGCAAAAGAACAAAACAAGGAAGAACAACUUCAUACCUUACAAGAUUAUUCAAAUGUUUCCCUUAUUUCAUCCAUACCUAUAUCGAAUAACCAGUUAGAAAAGGGACAAAAAUUGUCGUUCAUUAUUGCCAAAUAUGAAAAUCAACAAAAUUUACUUUCAAAAAAAAACUCACACACUAGUGGCAUCAAACCACUUCUUUCGGUCAAACAUUCCCCGAAUAUCACCAAGACAGUGAUAAAACAUAAUUGCCAUCUUAACAAAAAAUCAACAGCAAGGGUCCACCGUAAAUACUUGCAUCUGUACAACACUUUAUCUUCUACCGAUGAAGGUUCAACUGUUAACCACGGACGGCGAUUUAAAUCUCUGUUAUUCGGGUUUUGGUCUCCCUUAAUAAUAAUCAGUGUAUUUGGGAUUCUGGUUAUGUCGAUCGCAUUGCUAGAGAUCCUGAUGCUCCAUUACGCUCAACGCCACAGUUUGGGGGCCAAACUCCGGCGUCGAGGUGAUAAGGAAUUUAUGAGAGGUGGUUGGAGAACUGGGAACUCUGAUUAUCAAUACUAUUACGAAGGAGAUGGAGAUGAUGCAAAUGGGAUUGAUAGAAAAAGGUAUGUUUACAACUAUGUGAAUUAUAAUUAUGACCCCACACAUUCUGCUUCUUACCGUGAGGAAUUUUUUAAUGAGGGCGAUAAAAGCAAGGCUGACAUUUCUAAUGAAGUCCAACGCAAAUGGAAGGAUUUGUCGGAAUUCGACUCAAAAUAUGAUUCUCACAGUUUUGUAGAGGCUAAGAAAAUUCAUAAAAUACCGAUUUUUGUAGGCCUAGAACGUAAAAAUUUAGAUGACAAUCAGAGUGCCCACAAUUUACCAAUGUCAGAACGGGGUGAGGUUGAAAUAUAUGAUGAUAGUUUUAUUAAGGUUAAAAAUUUAUUAUUAAACUUCAAUAAGAUCCCCAAAUAUAUGCCACGAUUGAAAUCAAUCGAAAACACUAUUUUGCCACUAAAAUAUUUAUCGUCUGGGCGUAUUGGCAAGUUGCAAAUGUCAACUAAUAAUCCUUUAACAAUCAAUGGUCAUAAAAAAAACAUUUACUUAAAUGGACAGGGAGCAGUUUACAAAAAGGAUAAUCCUAAUGGGAUGGUGCAAGAAAAAACAAUAUUUUAUUCUCCUUUCCAAAAUUCAUUUGAUGUUUUAUCACUAUUGCCAAAAGGUCUCCGCCCAUCUAUUUACUACAACUAUUUGUUAAUGCAUCAAAGCUUAAAUGAAAAACGGUUUAGGGAAAUCAUAUUAAGUCAAUCACAACUUUUUAUCAAAAACAAUAAAAGGUUAAAAACAUCCAUGCAUCUGGGAUACCAUGACCAUUCAAUAAUAAAAAAUCAAUUUAUACCUAAAUCGCUCAAUUCUUCAAUUAAAUUUGCUCAUCCUAAUAAAUUUAACAUUCCUGAUUACGGCAGCGUCAAUAUAAAAAAUUCCAAAAUACUCUGCAACUUUAUUUCCGAUUAUUUAAUUAAAUCAAAGACAGGCGGUUAUAAUGCAAAGACAAAACGCAUUGGAAACAAAACUUAUGUACAAAUAAACUCUAAUAUAACCUUUUAUAAAAAACCUAGCCUAUCGCUACGAAAUACAGAAUUUAUUAAAAUAGAAACAUUUAAAGGUCCAAUAUCGUGGGCAAAGUUAAAGAGCUUUCUACCUUCUGUUAAGCAAGGUGGGCACUGGAAACCCCAAAAAUGCAUAUCUAGACAUAAAUUGGCUAUUAUUAUACCUUAUCGAGAUAGGGAGGAACAUCUUUAUAAACUAUUGGCCUCUUUACAUUCCUUGCUAAAGCGACAAGAGAUUUUUUACAAAAUAUAUGUGGUAGAACAAUAUGGAUCAGGCUUGUUUAAUAAGGCUAUACUUAUGAACGCGGCUUUUAGAGAAGCAUUUUGGGAAAAGAAUUUUCAUUGCUAUGUGUUUCACGAUGUUGAUCUCAUGCCCGAAGAUUACAGAAACAUGUAUUCAUGCCCCAAGCAGCCAAGGCAUCUCUCAGUGGCCAUCGAUGAAAUGGAUUAUAAAUUAAAAUAUCAGAUGCUUGUAGGAGGUGUAUUAAUGUUUAAACCCGAACAUUUUAUUAAAGUCAAUGGUUAUUCGAAUUUAUAUUGGGGCUGGGGAGCUGAAGAUGACGAUAUGGCAUACAGAAUUCAGCAUAUGAACUUAUUUAUAACACGUCCACAUGAAUCCAUCGGACGCUAUCAAAUGAUAAAACACGUUAAAAGAACACCCAUCGCUUUAAACAAAAGAUACAAACUCCUAUCAUUAGGCAUUCAGAGAAUUCAAAUUGAUGGUCUUAACUCAAAUAACUACAAAAUCGUUAACAAAACAGAAUACCCACUUUAUACGCACUUACUAUUAGAUAUAGGAAAAGCGCCGAAGGGCUUCUAAUAACUUUAUUAUAUAUUUUUCCUAUUGUGAUACUUUUAUGCCAUUCAUUUUAUAAUAUAUUUAUAUUUAUUUAGAAAUUUGUUGAAAUGUAUUUUUCAAAAAUAGUCGAAAAUAUA